AUGUCGUCAAAGCAAGAGGAUCAGGUCCAAUCGAAGCAUGGGGAGCCUAUUGAAGAGGGUGACCACGUCUACACCAAGAUCCGUGGCGUCAGACAUGAGGGCAAGGUAGAGAAGAUGGUGACUACCGAGGAUGAGGCCAAGCAGCAGGGGAUAAAGAACCCACCCAAAGUGCUGUUCACAGACCAGAAGGGCAAGCCUGUUGCCCACAACCCAGGGACGUUGGAUAUCGCCGACAAGUGA